AUGUUCUCCAAGCAAGUUCUCCUCUCAUUGGCUCUUUCUUUGGCCACAUCUAAGGCCUUGCCUGCCGCAGAUCCUAUUGCAGAGGCUUUGGGCUUUGCCAAACCAGCAGAAGCAACAUACGAGUGCCACUCAUACUGUGGUAAUGCGAUUAUCCAGGCAAGAAAGUGCUCUUCUGACGGCUCAGAUGGAAACUACGAUAGUGACUGUCUUUGCAGCAGUGAUUCAAGCUUCCUAUCGUUGGUUCCAGACUGCUUGGACUGUGGUUGGUGUCUUUGGGAUGACUAUGGCUCAUAUUUGACUUCGGCUUUGGCACAAUGCAGCACUAGCACUGAGCCAACAGGAACAGCCUGUGCCAGCUCUUCAACAUUGGCAGCAGAAACAACUGAUGCAACAACUGCAGCAACUACAGAAGCAGCAGAAACAACAGCUGCAACUUCAGCAGCUGCCACAGAAGCAAAUGUUGCAGUUACUUCAGCAGCAGCAACAACUUCUGCAGAGACCUCAGUUGCAGCAGAAACUUCUGCUUCUAGUGCUGAGGCUUCAGCUUCUGCCCAGGUUGAAACAUUUACUGGUGGUGCCAACAGACUUCAACUUGGUGCCGGUGUUGGCUUCAUUGGUCUUGCCGCUUUGCUCAUCUGA